UUCAUUUGUUCGAAUUCUGGAUUCAGCUUGCGCGUUGGCUUGUGUCGAUAUUCAAAAUCAUUUCUAUUUGUCCAUCGUACUCUCUGAUUCGCUGAGCGGGUAUUGAUUGAGCGGUUCUUGAUUCAAAUCGGCACAGAUCUUUCAAUCUCAAGGACACAACAAUGGAGAACCUUAUCUCCUUGGUAAACAGAUUGCAGAGAGCUUGCACCGCCCUCGGGGAUUACGGGGAAGACAGUGCCUUGCCUACUCUCUGGGAUGCUUUGCCUUCCAUCGCCGUCGUCGGCGGCCAGAGUUCAGGAAAGUCUUCUGUGCUUGAGAGCAUUGUUGGCAAGGACUUUUUGCCCCGUGGAUCUGGUAUUGUGACUCGUCGACCACUUGUCCUGCAGCUUCAUCGCAUAGAUGACAGCAGAGAAUAUGCAGAGUUUGGACACCUCCAGAGGAAAAAGUUUACUGAUUUUGCUGCUGUGAGGAAAGAAAUUGCAGAUGAAACUGAUCGCGAGACAGGACGUUCUAAAACAAUCUCAAGCGUACCAAUUUAUCUCAGUAUAUAUUCUCCAAAUGUUGUGAACUUGACAUUGAUUGAUCUUCCUGGUCUUACAAAGGUUGCUGUUGAUGGUCAACCUGAAAGCGUUGUGCAUGACAUUGAAAACAUGGUCCGCUCUUACAUCGAGAAGCCAAAUUGUAUAAUUUUGGCAAUUUCUCCUGCCAACCAAGAUUUGGCCACUUCAGAUGCAAUAAAGAUCUCUCGUGAAGUAGACCCAAAGGGGGAUAGGACAUUUGGAGUUCUGACAAAAAUUGAUCUUAUGGACAAGGGUACUGAUGCAGUUGAGAUAUUGGAAGGAAGAGCAUACCGGCUACCACAUCCAUGGAUUGGUGUUGUUAAUCGUUCCCAAGCUGAUAUAAACAAAAAUGUCGACAUGAUAGCUGCUAGGCGUAGAGAGCGAGAAUAUUUUUCUAGCACCCCCGAAUACAAGCAUCUUGCUCAUAGAAUGGGCUCAGAACACCUUGGGAAAGUCUUGUCUAAGCAUUUGGAGUCUGUCAUCAAGUCUCGCAUCCCUGGUCUCCAGUCUCUUAUCAACAAAAAUAUCAUUGAUCUAGAAAUGGAGUUGAGCCGUCUUGGGAAGCCUAUUGCAACUGAUGCUGGAGGAAAACUAUAUAUGAUCAUGGAAAUUUGCCGCUUUUUUGAUGGAAAUUUCAAAGAACACCUGGACGGAGUCCGACCAGGGGGUGACAAAGUUUAUAAUGUAUUCGAUAACCAACUCCCUGCUGCGUUGAAACGAUUGCAAUUUGACAAGCAUCUUUCCAUGGAAAAUGUCCGGAAGCUUAUAACUGAAGCUGAUGGUUAUCAACCACAUUUGAUUGCUCCCGAACAAGGAUACCGACGCCUCAUUGAAUCUUCAGUGAUCAGCAUCAAGGGUCCUGCUGAGGCUGCUGUUGACGCGGUUCAUGCUAUACUGAAGGAUCUUGUUCACAAGGCAAUUAGUGAGACCUCGGAGCUAAAGCAGUACCCAUCUCUUAGAGUAGAGGUGAGUAACGCAGCUGUUGAAUCGCUGGAAAGAAUGAGGGAUGAAAGCAAGAAAGCAACUUUACAGCUUGUUGAGAUGGAGUGUAGUUACCUCACUGUGGAUUUCUUCCGGAAGCUGCCUCAGGAUACUGAGAAGGGUGGAAAUCCAACACAUUCAAUUUUCGAUAGAUAUAAUGAUUCUUACCUGCGGAGAAUUGGAUCGAAUGUGCUGUCUUAUGUGAAUAUGGUUUGUGCAAGUUUGAGGAACUCAAUUCCUAAGUCGAUUGUUUACUGUCAAGUGCGAGAAGCAAAGCGUAGCUUGCUUGACCACUUCUUUGCCGAGUUGGGCAAAAAAGAGGGGAAUCAGCUGGGUAAGCUGUUGGAUGAGGACCCAGCCAUAAUGCAGAGGCGUGUGUCCUUAGCCAAGAGACUAGAGCUGUACAGAGCUGCUCAAACCGAGAUAGAUUCGGUUGCCUGGUCAAAAUAGGAUCCCUUCUUUUAAGCCUUUCGCCAGCCAGCCACGGUUGGUUUGAGUCUAGAGGAUCUCCGCGGGCAGCUCUUUGUUCUUAAAACACACACUAUUACACUACUCCGCACUAUAAAAUAGAUGGUAUAUAGAUUCUUUCUUUUCCUGGGCUUGUUGUAGUUGAUGAUUGUGUACUCGUUACUACUAGUGAUAAUAUUGUCACGUUUCUUGGAUUGCUGUUGCUUCACCAACACUGUGAGUGGGGGGCAUUACUCUAAGUUUUGGACAUGUCCUAAUUAAGCCAGUAAGGCUGCAUUUUGUUUGAUUCCAUAGUAAUGGUCACGGU